CGACCCCGGAAGGACUCUUUGUGGCGAGGCAGAGCCGGCAGCGGCAGGUCGGACCGAGGCGGUCACCCGUGGGCCAUGGGGCGGUAGGCGGGAGCGCUGAAGAUUUUGGUUUUUGCCUUCUCCAGUUACCGCAGUCUUGCAGAACUGAUGUUGCAAGGUUGAAACUGAUCGGUUUGGGUCCUCACAACCCCAAAAAGAAACAGGAUCUUGAUAAGCUGUAUGAUUUAAAAGCUAAAGCCCAGCAGAUUAUGAACCAGUUUGGCCCAUCUACCUUGAUCAACUUAUCCAACUUCUCCUCGAUAAAGCCAGAACCUGCUAGCACUCCACCACAGAGCUCCAUGGCAAACAGUACUACUGUGGCUAAGAUGCCUGGGACCCCUAGUGGAGGGGGACGCCUGAGUCCAGAAAGCAAUCAGGUUUUAACCAAGAAGAAAUUGCAGGAUCUGGUUCGAGAGGUGGAUCCAAAUGAGCAGCUGGAUGAGGAUGUGGAGGAGAUGCUGUUGCAAAUUGCUGAUGACUUCAUUGAGAGCGUGGUGACAGCUGCCUGCCAGCUUGCCCGACAUCGCAAAUCAAACACUCUGGAAGUGAAAGAUGUCCAGUUGCAUCUUGAACGUCAGUGGAACAUGUGGAUCCCAGGUUUUGGCUCUGAAGAAAUACGGCCGUACAAAAAAGCCUGCACUACAGAAGCUCACAAACAGAGGAUGGCACUGAUCCGCAAAACCACCAAGAAAUAACCUCUAGGAAUGGCAGGGAGAUGACUGCGGUGCAUUUUGGGAUAUCUGCCUCUAAGCUGAAGCCUCCAUGACACCAUCCAUGGGAUAUUUUUUUUAAUGCUUUACAGAGAAGCAUAUAUUUUUAUUAACAGUGCAGCAAUAUCUGACUUUAUGAGGAGAUCUGCCAAAAAACAUUAUAUGCCCCCUUCCUCAGCCUCUCAAAAGAACGCAACAUAUCUUGAAACAAAGACUUUAUCUGUGACUUUAAAGUGGUUUAUCGUCUAAGUGAUUAUCUGAGGGACAGAGCAUCUUGGUCUUGUUUGGGACAGUAUUAGAAGCAUCUCUAGAGGUUUUUGUUUCCUCUUUUGCUCCCUACCAGUUCCCAGUACUUUGUAAUGUCAGUGUUUGUAUAAAUAUUUGCAUUUGUUUUACAUGAAUAAAGAAGAACCAUGGCACAGU